AUGGUUGUAUCCACAGCUCAGGGUAGUGACAAGAAGAGAAAGAGGGACUCGGCUGAGGAGGGUAAAACCUCAAGUGGUAGGUCUGAGUGCCCUAAGUGUGGUCGAUACCAUGGUGGUGAGUGCUGGAAAGCCAUGGGAGCAUGUACUCGUUUUGGUAAGAUGGAUCACUCUGCCAGGGAAUUUCCUAGUCCGGCAAGUGACUCCAGGACUGGUCACCACUGCGGCCAGAAGGGACACUACCGUAGGGACUGCCCUAAGAUGCAGAGUGGUCAGAGUAAGGGGCGUACAGAGGCAAGCAAGCCGGUCCAGAGUCGGGGCCAGACCUCAGCACCGCGUGUGUACGAACUGUCCAAAGAUAAGGAUGAGGCUCAGCCUUACAAGGCGAUCACUGCAAUCCAGGUGGAAAGGAUGCUUGGAAAUGGUUGUGAGGCCUUCUUGGCUACCAUUUACACCGAUGAGGUCGUAGGGGGUGGUGACCCGAAUGGGAUACCGUUGAAUGGCUCCGACAGGAUGGCUGAGCUGAAGAAGCAACUUGAGGAGUUGCUUGAUAAGGGUUUCAUACGCCCUAGUGUAUCACCUUGGGGAGCACCAGUCCUAUUUGUAAAAAAGAAGGAUGGUAGCUUCAGGUUGUGUAUUGAUUAUCGGGGGUUGAAUAUGGUGACUGUGAAGAACAAAUACCCAUUACCCCGGAUUGAUGAGUUGUUGGAUCAACUCCGUGGAGUAAAGUGGUUCUCCAAGAUUGAUUUGGCCUCUGGAUAUCAUCAAAUUCCAGUUGCACAAGAUGAUAUAAGGAAGACCGCGUUCCGAACCAGGUACGGCCACUAUGAGUUUGUGGUCAUGCCAUUCGGACUGACCAAUGCACCAGCUGCAUUUAUGAAGAUGAUGAAUGGUAUCUUCCAGGAGUACUUGGAUGAGUUUGUGAUUAUAUUUAUAGAUGAUAUACUCGUGUACUCUAAGACAAAGGAGGAUCAUGAGAGGCAUCUUUGGGCAGUGCUGCAACGCUUGAGGGAUCAAAAGCUCUUUGCUAAGUUAAGCAAGUGUAGUUUCUCGCAGAAGACCAUUGGUUUUUUUGGACAUACAGUGUCUGAUGAAGGAGUGUCUGUUGAUCAAGAAAGAUCAAGUGUAUACGGGAAUGGCCUCAACCAAAGAAUGCUACAUAAGUACGAAGCUUCUUGGGAUUGGCCGGCUACUACCGGAAAUAUGUCAAGGGGUUCUCGAGCAUAG